AUGAACUCUAAUAAUGCCUUGGAUCUCAAAUCAAAGCGAAUCGUGUACCAAAUGAGUCUAGAGCUGGAGCAAACCGAUGUCAAUCAUGAUUUUCAUAAUGCUCUUCUCUCACUCCAAAUGCCAGAUCUCGACAAAAACUCCGGUUUCGAUGGUUUCCUGAAACUCCAAGAAGACAUCAAAGAAUCUCUCAGGAAUUUUAUGCGAUUCGGGCAAAAGUCCGAUUUAUUAUCCCAGCUAAACGGUCAACAACUCAAAUGUGUCAGCCAGAUGUUGAAAUCUCGAUCUACGACAUCUUCUAGUGGAAAAACAUCGAAUGGCGAAUAUUCUGGCGAGCGAAUCAGGGCGAAAAGUGUGAAAGCCGUUGAAGAAGACAUUCCCCCAGUACCAUUUGGAAUACCACCGUUAGAAGUCAAUGGUUUGUAUCGGGACGAUGGUUUGGAUGAGGAGGAGCACUAUAGCGAUAUGGAUUGGCUCAACAGUCAACGUUCAAGCAGAUUCCCAGAGGAACCCAUACCGAAAUCUGCACCUGUCAAGUCCAAAACUCCAGAAGUUCCGAAAUCUGUGAAAUUUUCGGAACCAGUCAAAAAAAUAGCUUCAAGAGCGAGACCGAUUCAGAAAUCUGAUGCUCAGAUUCAAACUGAUCAGUUGGUGUUGAAGAAGGAUGAGCAAGAAGAGAAUUUGAAGAAAACUAGUGGGAGGAGUGAGAAAAUUACCGCUGAAACUGGAACCAACUGUCGAUUGCUGAUCACUCCAAGAGUAGAAGAGGAUUUUUCUGGUAAAUCCUCUCCACUUUUAUCACCAAUCAGUACAGUACCCUCGGAUAUUAGUGAAGGAGAAGUCUUGGGACCGGUGAGCAAUGUGAUUGUGGUCCGAACCGAUGGAUCGAUUGUGCCAACGCCGCGUGUCUUGGAGGAUGAUGAAGAAAAUAUUCUAAUUGCUAAAUCGGUUAGCCCGUUUGGUGUGGCUGAAAUUGAUAUCCCGGACACACCUCCGCCUAAAAUCUCCUACAAAAAUCGGAGAGCCGGGAAAGGCGAGGCCUAUGAGCCCACAUCUCACGAGCAUGUCGCAAAUACAGUAUCCCAUGCAGUCGGUAUAGGACCAUCCAUAUUCAUUUUCUACUUUUUUAUGUGUGAAUAUGCCCAUCGAGAACUACAGCAUAUCCUUAUGGUGAUUUAUGGAACAUUCACAACACUAUUAUUCACCACCAGCACUGUUUAUCAUUUUUGCGAGUUUCUGUUCCGACAACAGAAUAAGCAUCGAAAACUACGAUACUAUCUUCAUAUUUGUGAUCGUGCAGCUAUCUAUUUGUUCAUCGCUGCUUCAUAUACUCCUUGGUUAACUUUAAGACACUGCGGUUUACCAGGUCUCAAUUUAAAAUGGAUGAUAUGGGUGUUCGCGCUGCUCGGCAUACUGUACCAGUACAACUUUCACGAAAGAUACAAAACGCUGGAAACCAUUUUAUACAUUUUCAUCGCCGCCGGACCAUCCGUUGCAAUUUUCACAAUGAACGAUCGAACGGGUCUCGAGUGGAUGAUGAUCGGAGGAAUGAUGUACGCAGUUGGUGUUGUCUUCUUCAAGCUAGAUGGGAUUCUGGCGUUCGCUCAUGCGAUAUGGCACGUCUUUGUAAUUCUAGGCGCAUCGUGUCAUACCUAUGCGGUCUAUGCGUUCUUGUUGGGUCCGGAUAAGAAUAAUCCCGUGCCGGACGUUUGA